CAGUCUGCCGGAGACAGAGCCUCCACGACUCCCAGCUUCCUCCUCGCCGCCGCCGCCGCCGCCACCACCUCCUCCUCCUUUUCUCCUCCUCCUCCUCUUCCUCCUCCUCCUCCGCUCCCACAGUCAUGUCUGCUUAGACCAGAGCAGCCCCACUGCCAUCUCCGGCUGCAGCCGCCGCCUCAGAAGCCAGGACAGCCUCCGCCUGCGAGCGAUGACAGGAGUAUUUGACAGAAGGGUCCCCAGCAUCCGAUCCGGAGACUUCCAAGCUCCUUUCCAGACGUCCGCAGCCAUGCACCAUCCGUCUCAGGAAUCGCCAACUUUGCCCGAGUCGUCGGCUACCGAUUCCGACUACUAUAGCCCCACGGGGGGAGCCCCGCACGGCUAUUGCUCUCCUACCUCGGCUUCCUACGGCAAAGCUCUUAACCCCUACCAGUACCAGUACCACGGCGUGAACGGUUCCGCUGGGAGCUACCCCGCCAAAACCUAUGCCGACUACAGCUACGCCAGCCCUUAUCAUCAGUACGGCGGCGCCUACAACCGAGUCCCAAGCGCCGCCAGCCAGCCAGAGAAAGAAGUGGCCGAACCUGAGGUGAGGAUGGUGAAUGGCAAACCAAAGAAAGUUCGAAAACCUAGGACUAUUUAUUCCAGCUUUCAGCUGGCUGCUUUACAGAGAAGGUUUCAGAAGACUCAGUACCUCGCCCUGCCCGAACGCGCGGAGCUGGCCGCCUCGCUGGGACUGACGCAAACACAGGUGAAAAUCUGGUUUCAGAACAAAAGAUCCAAGAUCAAGAAGAUCAUGAAAAACGGGGAGAUGCCCCCGGAGCACAGUCCCAGCUCCAGCGACCCUAUGGCGUGUAACUCGCCGCAGUCUCCGGCGGUGUGGGAGCCCCAGGGCUCAUCCCGCUCGCUCAGCCACCACCCUCAUGCCCACCCUCCGACCUCCAACCCAUCCCCCGCUUCCAGCUACCUGGAGAACUCAACUUCCUGGUACCCGAGCGCAGCCAGUUCAAUCAAUUCCCACCUGCCGCCGCCCGGCUCCUUACAGCACCCGCUGGCGUUGGCCUCCGGGACACUCUAUUAGACCGACCGAUUUCCUUUGCUCUUUUAUGGGACUGUGUUUUACUGUUUUAGAAAAUCAUAAAGAAAGGAAUUCAUAUGGGGACGUUUGGAAAACGGAAACAAACAAAAAGGUUCAUGUGUAAAGUAUUUUUUUGCAUGUAAGUUAUUGCAUUUCAAAGGACUCCCCCGUUUUUUUACAGACGAACUUUUUUUUUUUUUUUGCGCAACUGUGGACACUAUCAAUGGUGCCUUGAAAUCUAUGACCUCAACUUUUCAAAAGACUUUUUUUCAUUGUUAUUUUAACCAUGUAAAUAAGUGUAGAUAGAGGGAUUAAACUGUAUAUUCUGGAUAAAUAAACUUAUUUCGACCAUGAAA